GGGCCGCGCCGGGACCGCCUGCACUGCGCAUGAGCGGGAGCCCGGCGAGCCCGUGAGAGGAGCCGCCGCCGCCGCCGCCGUCCAUUCGCUGCGGAGCCGGAGGAGGAGGGGAGAGGCCUGGAGGACACCAACAUGAACAAGUUGAAAUCAUCGCAGAAGGAUAAAGUUCGACAGUUUAUGAUCUUCACACAAUCUAGUGAAAAAACUGCAGUAAGUUGUCUUUCUCAAAAUGACUGGAAGUUAGAUGUUGCAACAGAUAAUUUUUUCCAAAAUCCUGAACUGUAUAUACGAGAGAGUGUAAAAGGAUCAUUGGACAGGAAGAAGUUAGAACAGCUAUACAAUAGAUACAAAGAUCCUCAAGAUGAAAAUAAAAUUGGAAUAGAUGGUAUACAGCAAUUCUGUGAUGACCUGGCACUUGAUCCAGCCAGCAUUAGUGUUUUGAUCAUUGCAUGGAAGUUCAGAGCAGCAACACAGUGUGAGUUCUCCAAGCAGGAGUUCAUGGACGGCAUGACAGAAUUAGGAUGUGACAGCAUAGAAAAGCUAAAGGCUCAAAUACCCAAGAUGGAACAAGAAUUGAAAGAACCAGGACGAUUUAAGGAUUUUUACCAGUUUACUUUUAAUUUUGCAAAGAAUCCAGGACAAAAAGGAUUAGAUCUAGAAAUGGCCAUUGCCUACUGGAACUUAGUGCUUAAUGGAAGAUUUAAAUUCUUAGACUUAUGGAAUAAAUUUUUGUUGGAACAUCAUAAACGAUCAAUACCAAGAGAUACUUGGAAUCUUCUUUUAGACUUCAGUGCAAUGAUUGCAGAUGACAUGUCUAAUUAUGAUGAAGAAGGAGCAUGGCCUGUUCUCAUUGAUGACUUUGUGGAAUUUGCACGCCCUCAAAUUGCUGGGACAAAAAGUACAACAGUGUAGCACUAAAAGAACCUUCUAGAAUGUACAUAGUCUGUACAAUAAAUACACCAGAAAAUUGCACAGUCAGUUUCUGCUGGCUGGACUGAACUGAAGAUCAAUCCUCACUAUUCAGACUAAGGGUUGAGACAAAACUUUAAGGAUACAUUUUGGACCAUAUCAUGUUUCAUUCUUCAAAUGGUGGUUUGGGCUUGUCUUCUAGUCUGGGCCGCUCUAAACAUUUAUAAUUCCAACGUUGUGGAUUUCAUCUUAAUAUCUGUGGACCAUCCUAGUUUAUUCUCCCAUAAGUCUUAGAAGCUUUAUGAUGAUUAUUUUGAGGUUUCCAUUCUUGCAUAAAGCACAAUGCUGUCUUCAUCAGAAAACAGUUUGGCAUAAGAAUUAAACAUAAUGAACAUCACAAACAAUUUAUAAAAACUUCUUAAAUAUAUGCUUUGGGCUAGUUGCAAAGACUACGCUGAUAGCACUUCCAAUGAGAGUGAUAUAUUUAAGUGUAUGGGAUCUGGAAUGGUGUUUUUGGUUUGGAAGGAUUUUUUUUUUCCUGGCAAAUCAUGUGUAUUGUUGACGUAAGUAGAAUAUCUGAUGAGAAAAAUGUCAAAACAACCAUUGUGAAAAUUUUUUAGGAUAACUUGGUGCCUACUUGAAAAAUGUAUUGUGUUUUAGACUCAGUUUCAAAAGGGUUCCACAGAAAUAGUCUGCACUCACCAAUGGUCCUACAGGGAGCUUUUAUUUGGCAGAUGUCUGCGUAAUGUUAGAUUCUUCUCUUGUCUACAUUAUGCACCGUAUAAUUGGAUUUCAUUAUGCUUUUGAAAUGCUCAUAUGCCUAUCAAAUAAGUUAAACUAUUUAAUUUGUUUUAAAUGUUUUUAAUUGCUAUACAAUAUAAUAUCCUAAAUUUAGGCAUGAGGAUUUAUUUUUGUUUUUAUUUUUUUUCUUUUUGGUCAUCGUGCUAUGGAACACAAAUGAAAUUCUCUUAAUUUAUGAAAGGAUAGUAUGAAUUAAAUUUUGGAAAUGGUUGUGAUGAGUCAUGAAGUUCAAUCUAUAUAAUAUAGGUACUGCUCUUUCAGACAGGUAGUCCAUUUUUGAUGACUUCUUAUUUUGUUGAAAUUGCUUUAACUGCUAAUCACUGUGGUUGCCAAAUAUUUACUUCAGGAGCAAAGAUUUUCAAACAAGCAUAUACUUGAUAAAAAAUACCAGUCUGGCUUCUAUUUUUGUAAAUUAUUUAGUCUCUACUGUUUUUAUGUUACAUUAGCUCUGUUUUCACAUCAAAGCAGAAUGCUGUCUUGUAUGGAACUCCGCCCCUGCCGUUUUUGGUUUUUUGGUUUUAUUUUUUUUGGUUAGGGGACCCAUGAACAGCUUUCUUGCCUGAAUUGCUCAUUUUGUUUACUUACUGUCAUGUGAAGAAGGGUUAAUUGCUUUCUUAAACAUUUCUGUAAGGAAAAUUUAAAAAUGCUGAACUUCAAGUUUUGGAUGACCAUUGUCUUCACUAGGGACAGAUUUUGCCUGGUGUAUCUGGGUACUCUUUAGGGCAUAGUAUUGAUAUCAGUAAAGGAAUGCACUUCAGAAUAGCAGUACAUUGAUUGCUGAUGCAGAAGUGAUUUCAAGAAACAAUGACUUAUUAAAAUUGCUUUUUAUUUACAUAA